CCAGACUUCGAACUCUGCCAUCUCCCAAGACCAUCUUAUCUAGCCCCUUGGUUCAACACAUCUUACAAAAUACCUUCCAACAGGCGCCAAUCCCAUUACCAAAGUCGUUCCUUCUUCUAUUUGCGCCCUCUCAUCACUCUUACUCCACCAUCCCCAAUCGACCCUGACUUUUACCUUGACCCUUUCUGUACUUCGCCAAUCUCCGCAGCCAAUAUGCCUCGCCCAAACCGUUAUACCCCGUACUCUCGCCACAACUCUCCUCGCCACGUCCAGCCUUCCACAGCGACCAUCCCUCAGCUGCCUUUCAAACCCAUGGAUUCCAUCGAGCAAACCAUCGAACGCCCCUACCAAUACAUUGCGCCGGGACAGAUUCGAGGCAUGACCAACGAUGGUCAGCAGCUGGUCAUGAAGAGCGCAUGCAAGACCGCCGAUGGCACAUACCUCGUGGAGAUGGAAGCCGUAUCGCUCCCAUCGCAGGACGCAAGACUGCGCAGUAUGUCCCGACAAUAUACGCCCAUGUCGACUCCACCCAUGAUGUCUCCACCCAUGAUGUCUCCUCCCAUGUCAUCUCCGCUCAUGAUGCAUAUGAUCGACCCCGCGCUCUUGGCCUUUGGCAUCCAGAGCGGGGAACCACAACGCAAAGGAAGCACCGGCAGUAUCGUCUCCCAGGACGGACGCUCGAUCCGUAGCGUGAGCGAAGAAUGCGUUGCCUUGUCCGAUACCGAGGAUGCCGAGGGCGACUCUGAUGAUCAACUGGAACAACAUAAGCAGGCCCUUCAACGGCAGGAGUGUAUCUUGACCAACCUGAAGGCACAGAAGGCCGCCAUGAACGCCGCUUACGGACAGUAA